UUGAUAUUAAUGAAACGGUCAUUAGAUAUGGAUCAUGGUAGACCACUUGAAGCACUAGUCCACCUUAGAAUCCGUCUUCUAUACAUAUGAAGUUUUGGUUAAGUAGUUCUUCAUUCAGACCACAGAAAACACUCGUUCGUUGACUUGACUCGAUCGUCCAAGAUGAGCAAACUGGCCUUCAUCACCGGCAUGCUAGCCCUCCUCCUCCUCCAAGCGCCCUGCUCCACGGCGGAGAUACAAACCCUCACCAUAACCUCCGACACCCGACCGAUGAUCCUGAUAGAGAAAUUCGGGUUCACCGGAAGAGGCCACGUGUCGAUCUCCGUGUCGUCGGUGUCCGUGGUGGCGGGAACAGGCUCCCAACCGGAACCCUCCCGUCUGGGAUUCUUCCUCCUGAGCGAGGAGUCCCUGCUCCAAGUCCUGAUCGAGAUGCAGCAAAACCCUAACUUCUGCGUCCUUGAUUCCCACUACACCAACCACCUCUUCACCUUCCGCUGCCUAUCUCCUCCUCCCGCUUCCUCCUUCAACCAUACUUACCCCCUUAUUUUACCCGCUCGAUAUUCCUUAUUCUUCGCUAACUGCAACCCCGAGAGUUCCGUCUCCAUGAAACUCCACACCGAGUUUUUCACCCUCAACCGCGACGGUUCCCGCAACUACCUCCCCUCCGGCCACGCCCUUCUCCCUUCUCUCUUCUUCCUUUUCUCCAUCCUUUACUUCUCCUUCCUCGCCUUCUGGCUCUAUCUCUGCCACGUCAGCAAUCACUCCCUUCUUCACCGCAUCCACUUCCUCAUGCCCUCGCUCCUCCUCGCCAAGGCUCUCAGCCUUCUCUUUGCCGCCGCGGUCAAGCACCACGCCAACCUCACCGGCAUUUCUCACGCUUGGGAUGACGUCACGUUUCUCGUCUUUGACUUCGUUAGUGUCGUUUUGCUCUUCACCGUCGUCGUUUUGGUGGGGACACGCUGGACCUUCCUCCACCCCUUGAGGCAAAGAGGGAAGACGGUGCUCUUCUUCGUGGUCCUCCCGCUUCAGAUCCUCGCGCAUGUCGCUUUCGUUGUUGUUCACAACACUGGUCCCUAUAUACAGGAUUGGGUUACAUGGAACCAGAUUCUCUUGCUCCUAGAUUUCAUAUCAUGUUGUGCCGUUGUUUUCCUCUUUCUUUGGGCUAUACGAUUGCUCCGGAGAAUUACCUCCAAGGCCCAAAGCGAGCCUGCUAUGAACUUGGAUAGGUUUCGCCUUAUCAAACGAUUCUACCUCGUUGUCCUAGGCUACUUUUUGAUGACGCGCUUUGGGGUAUUUGUUCUCAGGACCAUAAUUGCCUAUGAGUACGAGUGGGUGAGUAAUCUCGCCGAGGAAACUGUUACUCUUGUGUUUUGCAUUGUCAUGUUCUACAUGUUUAGGCUUGUGGAGAAAGAUGAAUACUCUGUCCUCGCCGAGAUCGUUGUCAACGAAUAACAAUGUUGAAAACUUUGAAACUACUACUAAUGUCUUUAGUACUACGUACAUUUUAUUUCCGCUUCACACAACACUGUUGUUACACGUUAGAUACUGGAAUUGCCUGCAUAUUUACCCUUUCUUUCGCAGCGCUUGUAAUAUUGUAAUAUACUGUGUUACUAUAGACUUUUCCACUUCUUUCGCAGCCUAUUACUUGUACUUCUACUUCUACAUGUAUUAAUUAUAGUCUCCUCCCCGUGUUACAUCCAA